AUGCCGUCCCAUGCUGUACAGUACGCGACAAAGGGCAGCAUUAGCUCACACACGCACCGAGCUCGGUUUGUCACGCUGUGCACUGUGAUCCGUUGUUGCAGACCAUAUUCCAAUUUCUCUUCCAAGCCACUCAAGCCUCAACAGUUAAUGCAGACUCUUGCUCUUCUCUUUGCCCUUGCCGGCGUGAUUGCCACUGCGGAAGGUGCUUGCACCGGGCCGAACACGCGCACUAUGCCCCCUCCCGGUGCCAUCGUCGUUGAUGCCACGGGUGUCUACAAUGGCAGUUUCAAAACCGUGUCAGAAGGGGUGACCAAGCUGUCCACCUCGACGGGAGACCACACGCUCUUCUUGAUGCCAGGCACAUAUAAGGAGAAGGUCAUUAUCCCGCAGCUCAAGGGCAAACUAAUUGUACAGGGUUAUACGUGUGAUACGACUUCGUACGCGUCGAACCAGGUCACUAUCACCCACGCCAUGGCGCAAAGGGAUGUCCCUGCUAGCAUCACCAAAAACCGCAACGAUUACACCACCACGCUGCUGCUCAAGUCAAGCAAUGUGAAAGUGUACAACCUCAACGUUGCCAAUACGGCUGGAAACGUUGGUCAGGCUAUUGCGAUGAAGGUCGAUGGUGCUAACUACGGAAUUUACGCUUGCAAGAUCACGGGCUACCAAGACACUCUGUACGCGAACAAUGGUCCUGCGCUCUUCGCCAAGUCGUACAUCAGCGGAGCCAUCGACUUCGUUUUUGGUCUGUACGCGAAAGCCUGGUUCGAGUCCUGCGAUAUUGAGUCCGUGGGGUACGGAUGUGUCACUGCUAACGGCCGCACCGAUAACUCGAACCCGUCCGAGUACGUGUUCAACAACGUCCGUGUGUUCGGUUCGAAACCUGAACAAGCCUUCCUAGGCCGUCCGUGGCGCCCGUAUGCUCGUGUCGUUUUCCAGAACAGUGAUCUCAGCGAUGUUAUUAACCCAGAAGGGUGGCAGAAAUGGAAUGGUGACAACAAUACAGCCAACGUCUACUUCAAGGAGUACAAGAACAGAGGAGCCGGAGCGGCGACCAACAAGCGUGUAGCUUUCAGCGGAACGCUGCAGAACCCUGUGACCAUAACGGAAAUCCUUGGUAGUGACUUCAACUCCGCCUGGUGGGUCGACAAGUCGUUCAUGUAAGCUGGUAAGCUUACAAGUAACCACGAACAGGGCCAUAUGUUUCAGUACAUUACAGUCAGGG